GCAGUGAAGGAGUCACGCGAGGAUGUGGUCGAGCUAAAGGAUGAAAGCAUUUCAACAGCUGCCUUGAAGAUCAGUUCGUCUUGCAGCCGAUCACCUUUAAGUUACUUGUGCUGUUCAACAAUGUUGCAUUUACCUGGAAACCGAGUUUGCGAAGUGUCAGAUUGACGUGCAAACGUAUUGAGUCAAAUCUUAACAAUUGCUAAACGACACAAUGUAAGAUAUCGUCAGUGUACAAGGAGAUCUGUGAAAGUGAAGAUUUCUUGUCCCAUAUGGAUGCUAAUCAAUAUUCUAACCUUCUCAGCACAGAUUACCUCUGUUCUCCUUCAGAGACAGUCGUCUUCACAUCCGUAAUGCAGUGGAUCAAAUACAAGAAGGAAAAGUGGAUGACACCGUCGCGGCUAAAGUUAUCGGAGCGGUUCGUUUGGAGUUGGUGGACAUCAGGGAAAUCAUAAAGAGUUCGACACAGACGAAAUGAAACAAAAUUCCAGAAAUAUUCACUCUUGUUUAUGAAACACUCGUGCACAGCCAUAGGCCCUCCAGCAGUUCUAAGUUAGAGAAAGCUAUAAACCAAGAUCUACGAGCCUGGUAAGAACGCCGAGUGUCUAUGACGGAACGUGCCUUUGUUUUCUUACAGACAAUAACGAAAUAAUAGAAAAAAGGAAAAGAAAAAACUAAUAAUAAUUAUAGAAAAUCAGUUGUUUGAUCAGUACAAAUAAAAUAAUCAGUCUGCUUAAGGGGAUGGAGACGUAUGACAUUUCAUGCUUACACUUUUUACAUAUGUAUUUACUUUUUGUGUUUUAGGUUCUUGUUGCAAUUGUUCCUCGGUCUUAGAUGCAGUUCUUUGACGUCCAAUCAAAAACGUGUAAAUCUUUGCCUUCAAUGCCACAGUUUUCUGAGGCAACGGGCAUGCCUUUGUGCCGAAUAUGUUGGUAAUUAAGUGUAUGUAGCAGUAAAAAAGGGGAAUGAUUUUGUUAAUUAUUGUUAUCACUUAGUUAAUAGGUCAUGGGAGACACUCCCAUCUUUUGCUGGCUUAGCUAAUCGAAUCAGUAGUUUGUGCAGUGUUGACGACCAUUUAUACGCUAUACACCAUUCUAAGACACCUUACAGAUAUCAUAUUUCUACAAAUCAGUGGUUAUAUGUAGCUAACUUAAGGGCUCCAAGUAGCAUGCCAGAGAGUUCAUUUUGCAACAAAGCAGCACUGUUAGUGUAUAAAUCUCGGGUGUACGUACUUUAUGGACGAGGAGUAAGACGACGUUGUUGGGGAAGUAGAAGAAAUGGAUACUUACCUCUGGGAAGCACAGGUAGCAAACGUAUUUUGCUUUGAUCAAAAGAGGAAUAUGUGGGAACAAAAGGUUUCAACAAGUACCAACCACUUUGGUUCUAUGUUGCUGGGGGAAAGUGCACCAUCAAUGAAUCUUAUGCUGAGCCAUGCGGUAGAACAGGUUCUGUUGAAGUGUAUGAUGAGGAAAACAACAACUGGACUGUU